AUGACCUUCAAUGACUUCAUAUCACAGCUCAAGCACCGUUCUGCCAGUAUCGAAGGGCCCCGGACAGCCCGCUAUGCGGUCCGCUUCGUUUUCACCCUUCUAGCCAUGGAAGUCAUUCUCCACUACGACUAUGUUGGCGCCAUUUCACACGCCGCCCCUGUCUGGGCCGACUACACGGCUGCCCAACUGUCCCUCCUUUCCUUCUUCAACCUUCACCUUAUCUGGCUUAAACUCCUCCUGCCCUGGCGCCUCUUCCGUCUCUGGGCCCUGCUCGACGGCGUCGACCCUCCCGAGAACAUGAUCCGCUGCGUCUCCAAUAACUUCUCCACAAGGUCUUUCUGGAAAGCAUGGCACCGCUCCUAUAACCGCUGGCUCAUCCGCUACAUCUACGUGCCCCUCGGCGGUGCCGACUUUGCCGGCGGCUGGCGCCGCUCCGUCCGCUCCGUCACGACCCUUCUCCUCGUCUUCACCUUUGUCGCGCUGUGGCACGACAUUCGUCUACGCCUGCUCAUCUGGGGCUGGCUCAUUGUGCUGUUCAUGAUGCCCGAGGUCAUCGCCCGCUUCCUGUUCCCGGCCAAAAAGUACACGGCCAAGCAGUACCGCAUGCUCAGCGGCGCCGGUGCCGUGGCCAACGUGAUCAUGAUGAUCAUGGCCAACCUCGUCGGUUUCGCCGUUGGGCUGGAUGGGCUGCAGGCGAUUCUGUAUCAGAUCCUGCAUGACUGGUCCGGGCUCCUCUUCCUCGUCACGGCAUGCGGGGCGCUGUUCGUGGGUAUUCAGGUCAUGUUUGAGAUUCGCGAGUCGGAACUCCGGAAAGGCAUUUCACUCAAGUGCUAGGCGAUCUGGGGCGUGUACUCGUUUGUAUAUUGCACGACGAAAAUUAUUGCAAGUACAGCGUGUGUCUUUG